AUGUUGAAAACAGAGGACGACUACUUCGGCGGAGCCGCCGCCACCGCCACCGCCACCGCCGGAGUGAUAUGCGAGGCAUGCGAGAGAUCCCCAGCUGUAUUCAUCUGCAAAGCGGAUGCCGCCUCGCUCUGCGCCGCCUGCGAUGCCGAGAUUCACUCGGCGAAUCCUCUCGCACGCCGUCACCACCGCGUCCCAAUUGGUGGCGCUAACAUGGUCGGAACUACUCCGGAAUGUCAGGAAGAUGAAGACGAGGACGAGGCUGCUUCCUGGCUGCUGUUGAAUCCAUUGAAGACCAACAACGAAAACAGAGGAGGUGGUUCGAUACAGAGCAAUAACAAUACGAAUGGGUUGUUUUUGUUGGGCGGGGAAGAUGAUUAUUUGAAUUUUGUGGAGUUUAAUGGUUGUGGGGAAGAUCAAUUUGAGGGGUCGGAGAAUUAUGGCAGCGGCCGCUGCGGAGGAGAGGACAGAGUGGUGCCGAUUGAAUUUGAAGGGAAAGAUCCGAUGUUGGAACAGAGCUACGGCGGCGUUGAUGGGAGCUACUCCUACAAUGGCUUCCUCACCCACGCUGUAACCUCCUUACCUACCUCUCUCUUACCUUCAUCAAUGGAGGUCGGGGUAGUACCAGAUUCAGCAACAACCAUGAGCGACAUAUCCGUAUUCUCCAACAUAAGGCCACCCAAAGGAACAAUCGAUCUCUUCUCCGGCGCGGCGGACGUGGCGGCGGUUCAAAUUCCGGCGACCCAAUUGAGUCCAAUGGACAGAGAAGCCCGAGUGUUACGGUACAGAGAGAAGAAGAAGACAAGGAAGUUUGAGAAGACCAUUAGAUACGCCUCUAGAAAGGCCUACGCUGAGACCCGGCCGAGAAUCAAGGGCCGGUUCGCGAAACGAACCGAUGUGGAGGUUAAACUCGAUCGGAAAUUCUCCAGCCCGUUAAUGGCGAAUGUUGGAUAUGGGAUUGUGCCUUCCUUUUGAAGGUGAAGAAGAGGAAGAUGGAUGAAAAAGCAGUUAAGUACUGAUUAUAGGUGAUUUUAACUGUUUAAUUAUAGAAUAUUUGGUCUUAAUUGUAUAUAAAUUUUGUAUUUUCUGUAACUAAAACUUGCUUAUGUCUAAGUUUAAUUAUUAA